AUGCCCAGCUCUAGGAUCAAUAAUGUACCAAAAUUCUCCUCAUUUAUACCGAAUCUAACAACGCCAGCUACGAGCAAAUCUGAAAGCCACAUUAACAGCAACGCUAGAAAUGACCUCAUUGGACACCAUCAAGAUGAAAGGGGAGAGAAAAAUCUAAAAUUUAAGGAUACAUAUGCACAAAAAAACGGUGCGCACCGAAUUGCUCAUGGGCCGAUUGCUAUUAGCCAAACUUGCCAAAACAACAAACUUAGAGACCAUUUUGUGAGCGACUGGAAUGGCGAUGAGAAGAAUCUAGUGUAUGGGAGCCUUCAUAAAUACAGUGUCCCGAAAUACCAUCGAUACGGUGCAGGCCAUGUUUUAGGGGCGCCCUCUGAGUCAAAAAUUGAUCGUGAAAAUGUGGAUGAAAAGUGCAUUAUCCUCACUGACGCCAGGCUCUCCAAACACUUUACAAGAGAAAGGUACAUAUUUUCAAAAAUCAGUCACAAAAUACCCACCUACAUUAAACCAGGCUUACAAGCACCUGAAAAGUUACAAGAAUGUUCCGAAUCCAACUUUUUGCCAUUCAGGCUACACGAAGACGAUCGUACACCAAGACAAGAGGAGGAGUUUCAAGGCGACGAAAAAGGCAUCAUGUCGAAACUUGAAAAGUCGAUAACAUAUGAUCUUACUCAACGCUAUGAUGAUAUUACAUCCAAACUAGAAAAUAAUUCGCAUGACAUGGAGUCCGAAGCAGAUAGAAUCGAUACAUCUGCUCGGGAGAAAAAUGUCAUUUUGUGUCGAAAAGUCGAAGAUAAUCCGCACGAUAUUGAGGCCUGGCUAUCAUUGAUAAACCACCAAGAUUGUCUUAUUCAACAAUCAGAAAAUCGUUACCGUGUCACACAAGCAAUGUUGCGAAGCACUUCAGACAUAAAAAUACACAUGUACGAAAAGGCAUUGAGCAAAUCAAACUCUCUAGAUAAUCGUGAGAGAAUUUUAUGUGGCUUAAUGACCGAGGGCGAAAAGAUUUGGGAAUUAAAGGCUCAAGCCAGCCGCUGGGAAAAGAUAUCCAAAGAAAACAUUUAUAGCUUGGUUCUCUGGACAAAGUAUCUGAAUUUCAAGCAGACCACGUUUUCAGAGUUUAGAUUUGAAGAGCUGAAAGGCCUCUAUCUCCAGCGUAUUAAAUUUCUCUCGCAAGCAGUACAUACUCAACCAGAAAAUUCAGAUAGAUUGAUGCAUGGCCUUCUAUACGUACUGCUUCGGGCGACUCUAUUCAUGCGGGAAGCUGGAUACGCAGAACUAGCGACUGCAAUAUGGCAAAGUAAUUUAGAGAUAAAUUUUUGCGGUGCGCAGGAAAACACAAUGGGAAGCGAUUGCUUAAACCUUUUUAAAGAGUUUUGGGAAAGUGAAAUCCCUCGUAUUGGUGAGGAUGGGGCUAAAGGUUGGCAACAAUAUUUAAAAAACCCGGAUGAAUCUAUCGUUCUAGACCCAAUUGUUGAUGAACCACCUGAAACUUUAGACAAGCAUAAACUAUUCGAGAGUUGGGCCACAGCUGAAAGAAUGCGAUCAAGAGUUUCUCGAAUACCCGCCAAGACGAUGGACGAAGUAGCUGAGGAUGAUCCUUUUCGAGUUAUUUUAUAUUCUGAUAUUGAAGAGUUUCUCAUACUUCUACCAGUGGAAUCAAAAAAACUUCGGUAUUCAUGCAUCAACGCAUUUUUAGCUUUUUGUGGCAUGCAGCCUCUUGUGAAUCUGGACGAUAGCCCGCCUGAAUAUUGGGAUGACCCUUUCAUUAUCGGUGACUUAGCUGAGGCCGACUGUGGUCUUAAAGAGUCUAUUUUGCCGAAUAAUAGCCAAGAUCAUGAUGACCUAGCUCCUUGGUUAUCUCUUACAGCAUAUUCUCAUUAUGUGUCAUCCCCAGAAUCUCUAUUUCGGGGUGUUAUAGCGAGUAAAGGAGCUCCCAGGUCACACCAUGAGCGCUAUCCUAAAGAUAGUGGUCCCGUUUCAUAUAGAUUUCUGCAGAACAGCCUUCAAUUGCUAACUAGCAGAUGGUUAGAUGACAGCUUAGCUGAGUACUAUCUAUCGUUAAAGUUCUACAACGAUCCUCAGCAGGCUAAAAAACUGGCGCGAGACCUCUUGAAACAAAGUCCAUCAAGUCUUCGUCUGUAUCACGCUUAUGCUCUCAUUGAAUGGUCUAAAGCAAACAAAUCCACAGCGGAUAGGGUCUUUGAGACAGCUAUAAACAUGAAAAAUUACACUACUAAUAAGCGGGAUGACCUCUCUAUAAUGUUAUGGAGAAGCUGGAUCUGGGCUCAUUUAGAAGAUAAAAAUAACACAAAAUCGUUGCAAUGCUUACUUUGCAUAGCAGAUGGGGUUCCUGAUAUCUCUAUUAGCAGAUCACCGGCACUUUUCUUACGGACCAAACAGUACUUAAUUGCAAAUAGAGACAAUCUUUUUGAAACUCCGACUCUUUCCGUUAUGUAUACCGAGUACUGGCUAGGUUUGGCAAUACUCGAAUAUCUUUCCAACAGUCCAGGGCAGGCCCAAAGUUUGGAUCCCCCAAGAAAUAUCGCUGGCGCACUGACCGCCUAUUCUUCCGCUGCUCAGGUACUUCUGGAACGCCAGCAGAUCAAGCCACAUGAACUUCUCCUUCAAUCUGCAGCGCGUCUUCUCUACCAUUAUUCGCAAAGUGGACCAUACCGCCCAGCUCUAAUACGAGAACAACUGACAACAUUUAUACACUUUUUUCCCAGAAAUACAAUUUUUCUCGCUUUCUACAGCUGGAAUGAAUCUCGGCUUCGGAUUGAUAACCGUGUUCGCAACAUUCUACUUCAUACUUCACUUUUGUCCAAGCAUGAUAAUAUUACAUCCCGGAUCUUCUCUAUCCGCCAUGAACUUCGAAUUGGUACCAUACAUUCGGUCAGGGCGGCAUUUGAAAAUGCCCUCUCCUCUACGGGUUCUAAGUCUUCUAUCGGUUUAUGGCGCCUUUAUAUUCUCUUUUGUGCGCAUCAGAAACAGCUACGUACUCAGAUCAAGUCCUUAUGGUAUCGUGCCAUUCGCGCUUGUCCAUGGGCUAAAGAACUCUACAUACUCGGCUUCGAAUUGAUGGGGGGAAUGGUAGGGUUUUCUGAGCUCAGGGAUACAUGGAAGGUAAUGGAGGAAAAGGAACUUCGCGUACACGUUUAUCUGGAUGAUCAGUUAGAGGAAAUAGAAACUACAAGACACGGAGAUUUUUACUCGAGAAAAUAA